CAGCAGGCAAAGGGAGGGCUCUCCUCCCCGCUUUCCUGUCCACCUGUCUUCCUUUCUCUUCGAAGAUCUAGUUAUGCAUCCUGUCCGCGCUCACCGUGCGCCAGGCCCCGGGCACGGCACUGGGGACGGGGUGAAUCCGGCAAGGCUCGGCCCUGCAGGGGAAACGGGGAUGAACGCAGACCCUCGGGAGACAGAUGCUGAAUGGGGGGUAGUGGGUUCAGGUUGCCAUGGGAACACAGGGCAGGAGGUAACCCCGGCUUCUGAGGGGGUGCAUGAGGCCCCCCUCCUGCAGGAGGAGUGGAGGUUAAUGAGGUGAAGGGAGAGAAGAGGGGGCAGCUGCUCAAACAGGUAGCUCAGGAAAAGUGCAGUUACCGCCAAGGCCUGCGGAGGGUCCCUGGAGGCAGAGGAUGCAGGGUGACCCACCCCACCCUGACCCAGGCCUGGGGGACCCAGUGCAAGACGGAUCCUGGAAAGGCUGGGAUGGUCAUGGUUUUAUUCUUUCCCCCUUUCUAACAUCUGGCAAGUGACUCACUUCAAGUAUUUUCAUACACUCCGCCCUUGUUCCCCCUACCCAGAAUCUUGGGCUAAGACAUCAAUCUCUUACAUAAAUGAAUGUUAUUUUUCCAGCAGUAAUCUGAACAUCCCUGUGGCUUCAGGUCUAGAAAAGUAUGUGUGAUUCUUUAAGUGAACCCUGAUAUCAGAACCUGCUCGGCCUCUGCAUGGUUGCUGGUCGUGUCCUCGCUGGCAGAAGAGGUUUCCCCAGGGCCGCAUGAAUCACCUCCUCUCCCUGAGCCUCAGUGUCAUUUCCUGCAAAAAGGAGCUUUGAGGUUGGCAGGUGUGAGCAGGGCCGCCAGCAGCAGACCAGUGGGGGUGUGACCUUGGUGCUGGGAGCCUGGGAAGGGCGUGGGUGGCUUCCCUCACUGCCACACCUGGGCAGGGCUCCUUAACAGAUGCAGGUGCUGGUGGUGAAGGCCAGGAGAGUGGUUCUAGGAUACAGUAGUGAACAACACGAAGUCCCUCUCGUGAGCUUUGCUGGGGCCGACGGACAAUAGGUAAAUAUAUGGUGUGUCAGGGAUGAUAAAUGGUAUGAAGGAAAAUAAAGUGGUAGGGAAAUAGGGUGCUAGGAGGAGUGAAUGCUGUUUUAUAUGGUGUGGCCCAGGAAUGUCUUUCUGACAGAGAGUGGCAGUUGGGCAGACUCCUGACAAACGCAAGAGAAAUCUUGAGAAAGAGUGUACCAGGCAGAGGGGACAGCAGGAGCCAAUGUCCUGGGGCAGAGAGGUGCUUGGGCACCAGCGAGGAGGCCAGGGUGGCUGGAGUGCCGUGAGCUGCAGAGAGCAUUAGGUGAUGUGGUGCGGAGCUGGGGGCUUGGAGGCAGGGGACAGUCAGGACAGGCCUCCCAGGCUGAGGUGAGGCUCUGGGCGAGGUGGGACCUGGCUUGGGUUUCACAAAGGUCAUUUGGCCGCUGUGUUGAGCAGAAGGUAGGUGAGCAGGGUGCAGCAAGGGGACCAUUCUGGCAGUGAUCCACGUGAGAGCUGAUGGUGGCAGAGGGGGUGCGAAAUGUUUGGGCUCUGGCUGUAUUUUGACGGUACAGCUUUCAGGGUUUGCUGAUGAUUAGAUGUGGGUCGCGAGAACAGGAAAGAGGAGUCAAGAUUGACUGCAAGACUUACCCUGAGUUCCUGAAAGAGGGAGGUUGCAAUGGACCGAGUCGGGAGACUAUGGAUGGAGCAGGUUUAGGAAGAUUCCCAGGCCCUGCCGCCAACCUGCUGGAUCAGAAUGUGCACAUUGACAAGCUCUCCAGGCAGCUUGGAUGCACUUUACAGUUUGAGAAGUUUGGUCUGGGGCAUAGGUGGACAAGCUACACCCAUGCGCCCACCACUUGCUUUUGCGAGUUCAGAAUGUCCACACAGGCCUGGACCUAACCGUGCCCCAGCACCAGGAGGUACGGGGCAAGAUGAUGUCAGGGCACGUGGAGUACCAGAUCCUGGUGGUAACCCGUCUGGCUGCAUUCAAGUCGGCCAAGCACAGGCCUGAGGAUGUCGUCCAGUUCUUGGUCUCCAGAAAGUACAGUGACAUCGAGGAGUUUUACCAGAAACUCAGCAGUCGUUACCCAGCGGCCAGCCUUCCCCCGCUCCCCAGGAAGGUGCUCUUUGUUGGGGAGUGUGACAUCCGGGAGAGGAGAGCCAUGUUCGAUGAGAUCCUGCGCUGCGUCUCGAAGGAUGCUGAGUUGGCAGGCAGCCCUGAGCUGCUAGAAUUCUUAGGUACCAGAUCCCCCGGGGCUGCGGAUCUCAGCAGCAGAGAUUUCUCUGUCCUGGACACAGACAGCCAAGGGGGGGACGACGGGGAUGCUUUCGACUUCUUCCAGCAGCAGGAUCGAGUGGAGGGUGAGGGUCUCCCCACGCUGGACCAGAAGGGCCAGGAUGCAGGGAAGUCCUCAGAGGACGAGGCAGAGGAGGCCCUGGACCCUCUGGGCAUCAUGCGCUCCAAGAAGCCCAAGAAACGCCCGGAGGAAGUGGCCGUGAAGCCCAAACCCUCGCCCUGUCUCUCCAUCUUUGAUGAGGAGGUGGACCCCGACGAGGGGCUCUUUGGCCCGGGCAGGAAGCCCUCUUCCCGGAGCCCCGCAGAGGACGCGCCCCCCAGGGACUCCCUGAAGCUGUUUGACGAUCCUGACCUCGGCGGAGCCGUCCCCCUGGGUGACCCGUUACUGCUGCCAGCUGCCCACGGGGGUGGAGGACCCACGUCCCGCCCAGGCUGCAGGGAGGCCUCCGAGGAGCUGUUCAGAGUCGAAGAGGACUUGGACCAGAUUCUGAACCUGGGGGCUGAGUCCAAACCCCAGCUUCAGCCCCAGCCCCAGCCCAAGCCUCCAGUGGCAGCUAAGCCAGCGCUACUCAGAAAGCCAGCUGUUCCCCCCAGGGUGGGUUCAUCUGAGGCUGUGGCCAGGCAGCAGAAGCAGCAGCAGCAGAUCCAAGCCAUGGACGAGACGGACAUCUUACAGUACAUCCGGGACCACGACGCGCCUGGCCAGGCUGCCCCCAGCCUCUUCUGACCGCCCCCAAGCCCUGUGCUCUUCCUGCGCCAGCAGACUCUCUCCUGUGGAGGGGCACGUAGUGAGGUGCAGACUUGGACCUGUAGGGCCAGAACCUCUAUUCCCAAGGGAGGGAGGGUGGAAGCCGGGUCAUAGGACCCGUGUACUGCCUUCUUCCUUUUCCUCAGGCCUGUGGGUUCAUGGAAUCCUGCAAGAUGCAGAGAGCAAGGUCACUAUAGGAAGUGGAGCCUAAGUUGUCUCAGCCAUGUGGAUGUGGAGGGGAGAGCCUGUGGGGAUGCCUUGCUAACCAGGAGCCCAGUCCCCAGGAUGUCAUGAGACUGGAAGCGCGGGGGGCCAGGGAGGCUCCACUCGGGGCGGGAAACUUUGUGCCCACUUGUGCCCACCGUCUCUGCCAGCCCCAGCACGUGCCCACCGGCUCUGCCAGCCCCAGCACGGGAGGGAG